AGGAUGUAGUUUUAUAUAGCGCAGCCCUCGGCGUGUGUGGGUCCGGCGAGGGGCGCUACCCGAGCGCUGCUGCCCCCUGCCGCUGUCGGUGCAGGGGAGGGGCGGCCUGGAGCUCGAUAGCUGGCGAGCUAACGAGAGGAAGGAGAGCGCGGAGGGCCCGUGCGAACGUGCAACAGCGCUACCGAAGGGCUGGAGGACGGGACGGAUAUGGCGACUACCAAAGGAAAAGUGCAGACAGUCCUGGGCCUGGUGGAGCCCUCCUCCCUGGGAGUCACCAUGAUGCACGAGCACAUGCAUCUCGACUUCAACGUGGCCUUCAUACCGCCGGAGGGCAAAUAUGCCCACAAGGCAGACUGCGAUUUCACGCUGGAAAACUCCGGCUGGAUUCGGCAAAACCCGUACGCCAGCCGUCAGAACGUCACGUUCUGUGACGCUGCCGUGGACGCGGCGAUGCGUGACGAGCUGCGGACGUACCGGGAGAACGGCGGCGGCGCCGUGAUCGAGGUGACCAACUACGGUAUCGGGCGGGACGCCGCGCUGCUGGCCGCCUACAGCCGGGACACGGCCGUCACCAUCGUCACCGGCACAGGAUUCUACCAGCACAUGUUCCAGUUGGAGUCGGACCUCGCGCUAACCGUUGAAGAAAUGCACGACCGGGCGCUGAAGGACAUCACGGACGGAUGCCCUGAGGCGCCACUGGUCAAGGCCGGGGUUAUCGGCGAGGUCGGAUCCGGCUGGCCAAUCCAUGAUUUUGAGCGCCGAGCCAUCCAGGCGGCUGCCCUGGGGCAGCAGGCCACCGGGUGUCCGGUGAACUUCCAUCCGGGCCGAGACCCGGCCGCCGCGCCCGAGGUGCUCAGGAUCUUCCAGGAGGCAGGCGGAGACGUCUCCAACUGUAUCAUGUCUCACUUGGACCGUUCCAUCCAGACUGCAGAAGGACUGUCAGAGUUCGCCAAGAUUGGCAGCUACCUGGAGUUUGACCUGUUUGGGAUCGAGACCAGCCACUACACGCUCGCUCCCCAUGUGGAUAUGCCGUCUGACGCCCAGCGCAUUCAGCGAAUCAAACACCUCGUGGAGGACGGAUAUGAAGACCGUGUGGUCAUCAGUCACGACAUUCACACCAAACACAGACUGACAAAAUUCGGCGGUCACGGAUUCUCGCACAUUCUGGAGAACGUCGUCCCAAUGAUGAAGGUUCGCGGGCUCACAGAGGAAACCAUCAACAAGAUACUGUCUACCAACCCGCAGGCAGCCAUGACAUUCAAGAAGUGAUUUGUUGAUGUGUUACAUGACAAAUAAGGGAACAUCAGUUCUACACGUAUAAGGAUACUAAAAGCCUACUUCUGUCAUUCAUUCAUGCCAUCGGCAAAUGAAAAAUUUGCAUCUAGAUUCUAGAGUGCAGGUCUUCCAAGUGUGUCUCGACGUUCUUAUGGAAUUAUCAGCACGCUUUUAUUCAACUUAGUUACCAAGUUACGACCGGUACCGAUGAACACAAUAUCGUCUCACGAGGAUAAGCCUUGUUUAUACAAUGUCUUACCCCGGAUUCGGAGUCUUCCCGAUGACGAAGAUUCUACGUCGUCCGGCCAAUGGUGUUCGAGGUCAGCGGGGGCUUGGCUGUGGUUGUCGGACGGGGUUGGCCGGGGGCCGGACGACGUGUAAUGUUCUUCGUCCGAGGAGACUACGAACGCGGCCUUAGUGUGAGCAUUAGAUAAAUGAUUUCUUCUUCGAAAAGCGAAACCGACCCCGUUACUUUUUUGGGUAUUGGUUUGGCGUUUGCCUAUUGUAAUAUAUUGUGCGAAUAAG